GGACGCACGAAGUGGGGGCGCACUCCUCAGCCAUCAAAACCCAGCUCGUGCCGAUACGCAGCUGUGACUGAGAGCAGCAUUGGACACAUCGCUCACAGAUACUCCAUGUGACUUCUUUAUUUUGUAGUUGAAGGACCCUUUUUGUUGGGUUUUUUUUUGUACGCCGCCGUUGCUUUUUGGCAACGCUUCCCCCCCCCACCCCCCCUGAAAGCGGAGGCGCAUUGUCUGUGGCGCAGCGCGACAGUGCGGUGUCCGAUUACAAGCCGUGCGCUGAAGAGCCACCGGCACAGAGCGCUCCACUGUGGGGGCAGAAAUAGCUCACAGUGCUCCGGAGGGACGAGAGAGAAAGAGCCUAAGGGAAUCUGUGCAGACAGAGACAGAGGAGUUUUACCGGCAGAGGUCGAUUUCUGACACAGCUGAACUGAGGAUUUAUCAUCUUCAGCUCAUUUUAAUUUCUUAUUUCUACAAAAUACUCCACUCACCGGCAGCUUCGCUCCCUGCUAGAUGAACGGGAAUUGGGCACCUCACUUGGUUAGUCUCUCCAAUGCUCUUGGCCCCUGAGGCCUGAGGAGAAGUGAGCCAAGCCCAGGCCCCCAUGGGACGCCCUGUUACCCAGCAUGCACUGCUGCUGCUGCAGUGCAUGCUGGUUCUGCGGCCUGGAGGCGUGGCCAGUAGGAGAGGGCCGGUGCUGCUGCCCGAAUCACCCUGUCACAAGAUGGAGCACCCACUCAUCCCACACUCAGAGAUGGAGCCGUGGAUCUUCAGGUUCAAGGCCGAGGGCACGGUGGAUUACUCACAGCUGACCUUUGACCCCGGCCAGAACGAACUGAUCGUGGGUGCCAGGAAUCACCUCUUCAGGCUCAAUCUGGAGGACCUGACACUGAUCCAGGAGGCUGAGUGGCACUGCGACGAGUUCACCAAGGGAGCCUGCUUCAGCCGCGGAAAAUCUGAGGAGGAGUGCCAGAACUACAUCAGGGUGCUGCUGGUGAAUGGGAACAGGCUGUUUACCUGUGGAACCAACGCCUUCACUCCCAUCUGCACCAACCGAACGCUGACAAACUUGACAGAAAUCCACGAUCAGAUCAGCGGGAUGGCGAGGUGUCCCUACAACCCGCUCCACAACUCCACCGCCCUCAUCACUUCCAGUGGGGAGCUGUACGCUGCCACGGCCAUGGACUUCUCUGGGCGAGACCCCGCCAUCUAUCGCAGCCUCGGAGGCCUGCCGCCACUGCGCACCGCACAGUACAACUCCAAGUGGCUGAACGAACCCAACUUCGUCUCCUCUUACGACAUCGGCAACUUCACCUACUUCUUCUUCCGGGAAAACGCGGUGGAGCACGACUGUGGCCGCACGGUCUUUUCCCGCGCGGGUCGUGUCUGUAAGAAUGACAUCGGUGGUCGCUUCCUCCUUGAAGACACGUGGACCACCUUCAUGAAGGCGAGGCUGAACUGCUCCCGACCAGGAGAGAUCCCCUUCAACUACAACGAGCUGCAGGGAACGUUUUACCUGCCUGAGCUGGAGCUUCUCUACGGCAUUUUCACGACUAAUGUAAACAGCAUCGCUGCGUCUGCGGUGUGUGCCUUCAAUCUCAGCGCCAUAUCACAGGUUUUCAACGGGCCCUUCAAGUACCAGGAGAACUCGCGGUCAGCGUGGCUGCCCUACCCCAAUCCCAACACGGACUUCCAGUGUGGCACCAUCGACUCCGGCUCCUAUGUGAACUUGACUGAAAGGAACCUGCAGGACGCUCAGAAGUUUCUGCUGAUGCAUGAGGUGGUCCAACCUGUGGUUCCUGUGCCCUAUUUUAUGGAGGACAACGUGCGCUUCACUCAUGUGGCUGUGGAUGUGGUGCAGGGCAAAGACAUGCUGCUACACAUCAUUUACCUGGCUACUGAUUACGGUACUAUCAGAAAAGUGCUCUCCCCUCUCAACCGCUCCACUGGGAGCUGCCUAUUGGAGGAGAUCGAGCUGUUCCCGCCUCGAAAGAGGCAGCCAAUCCGAAGCCUGCUGAUCCUGCACAGCCGCAGCGAGCUUUAUGUGGGUGUAAGAGACCAGGUCAUCAAGAUCCCACUGAAGAGAUGCAGCUACCACAAGAGCAGAGAGGCCUGUGUGGGGGCCAGGGACCCGUACUGCGGUUGGGACCUGUUGUUGAAAAAAUGCACCACGCUGGAGGAAAGUGUCCGAAUGAGCCAAUGGGAGCAGAGCAUCACAAAAUGCCCCAUCCGUAAUGUGACUGUCGAUGGAGGCUUUGGCGCCUGGUCGGGCUGGUCCUCAUGCAGUCAUAAUGACGGAGGCAGCGCCGGGUCCUGUCUGUGUCGAACGCGAGCCUGUGAUAACCCCGCCCCUCAGUGUGGAGGGGAGCAGUGCUACGGCAUCAGCGUGGAGGUGGCAAACUGCUCCAGAAACGGAGCGUGGACUCCCUGGACUUCCUGGUCACCCUGCAGCACUAGCUGUGGUAUCGGCUUCCAGGUCCGUCAGCGCUCAUGCAGCAACCCGACCCCUCGGCAUGGUGGGCGAGUGUGUGUCGGACAGAACCGUGAGGAGAGAUACUGUAAUGAACACCUGCCCUGCCCUCCACAUGUCUACUGGUCGGCAUGGUCGGCAUGGGAACGCUGCAACGUGCCUUGCGGUGGAGGCAUCCAGUCGCGACGCAGGACCUGUGAGAACGGCAACGACUGUCCCGGGUGUGGUCAGGAGUAUCAGCCGUGCAACACCCUGCCAUGUCCCGACAUGAAGAAGACCACGCCCUGGACUCCCUGGACGCCCGUCAACAUCUCGGACAACGGCGGCCACUACGAGCAGCGUUUCCGCUACACUUGCAAAGCUCGGAUCCCAGAUCCCAGCCUGCUAGAGGUGGGCAGGCAGAGGAUCGAGAUGCGCUACUGCUCCAGCGAUGGCUCCACCGGGUGCUCCACUGACGGAGAGGUUCUUCGUCUUGGGAGGAUCUCCGGCCACACGCAGAACGGCGGCUGGUCCUCCUGGAGUUCCUGGUCCCAGUGCAGCAGAGACUGCAGCAGGGGGAUCCGCAGCCGGAAGAGGACCUGUAGCAGCCCGGAGCCCAAGUAUGGAGGUCAGACCUGUCUCGGGCCAGCACAGGAGUAUCAGGAGUGUAACAUCACACCUUGUCCAGUGGACGGCAGCUGGUCGUGCUGGUCUUCGUGGUCCAAGUGUUCAGUGACAUGCGGAGGGGGACACUACAUGAGGACGCGAACCUGCAGCAACCCCCCACCAGCUUACGGAGGGGACAUCUGCCUGGGUCUGCACACUGAGGAGGCGCUUUGCAACACACAAUCCUGUCCAGAGAGCUGGUCCAGCUGGUCAGAGUGGUCCCACUGUGACUCCAACGGGGCCCAGAUGCGUGUCCGUCACUGCGACGUCCUGUUCCCCACUGGAAACCAGUGCUCAGGAAACAACAGCGAGACCCGGCCAUGCUCUCCUGACUCCAAUUUUAUACCAGAAGUCUCGAUUGCACGCUCAAGCCAGGAGGAGAUGCGGUGUGGAGACUUUAAUCUUUUCCACAUGAUCGCUGUGGGGCUCAGCAGCUCCAUCCUCGGCUGUCUAGUCACCCUGCUGGUCUACUCGUACUGCCAGCGCUACCAGCAGCAGGCGCACGACGCCACUGUCAUCCACCCCAUCUCAGCCGCUCCGCUCAACACCAGCAUCACCAACCACAUCAACAAACUGGACAAAUACGACUCGGUGGAAGCCAUCAAGGCCUUCAACAAAAACAAUCUGAUUCUGGAGGAAAGAAAUAAGUACUUCAAUCCACAGCUUGCCGGGAAGACCUACACCAAUGCAUACUUCACCGACCUCAACACCUACGACGACUAUUAGCCCUCAAUUCAGCAGUACACACUCCGUAACACAGCGGGGAUUCCAGCACCAUCAUCCAUAUGACUGUAUUCUUUUUUCUGCUUUAUUGAGAUUCUUGGCACAGUGCGUGUCACACUUGGAGACUCUAUGGCAGCUUGUAUGUAAUGAAAACAGACACACAGUGUUGCUUACGGAGGGAAACGCCCACUCUCUCUCAGGUGCCUUGGGGUACACUUGGAAAGCUCAAUUUCUGACUCUCGCUGAGAAAAUGACAAACCGGAUUUCCAAAUGUGGACUUAAAAAAGGGAAAAAUAAGAACUGAACUCAAAGAGACUGUGGGACAUGUGAUCCCUUUUAACUUUCCUGUGACGCCUCUAAAAAAAAAGAUUAUGUAUUUGUAAUGAUGGGAAAUAACCACAAAACCGCUUUGCAUGACUUCAUCUGAUGUGUUUUCUCUGCCGUUAUGUUUCGUUUUGCAUGAUUUAUGGCAUUCCAGGGUUCAGGGACUCGAAAAGAAGUGCUUCUUUUUUAGCUUGUCUUAGGUUCAGGACUGGAUUUGGAAAGACAUCAAAUCAAAGACAGUUGGGAAGCCUGGUGGCUUUUACUAUUUACAGCUGCCGAAAUCUCCAGAUGGAUCAAUAUCCACACCCAGUCCUUGAAUCAGGAUGUAGAUAUUUAAAGUUCAUGGUCCAUUCUGUCCAACUCUUUUUUUUACAUCAUGCUGUCAGCUUGGGUAUUUUCCAGAUAUUGAACUUUCAUUGCAAAUUUUUCUUUUGUUUUUCUUCUGUUUUGUUUUUAAGGUGCUUUUGUUUUGUACAGGAGGUUAAGUUUGGAGCCUAUGUCUGUAGUUUUUUUCUUUUAAUACAUUUAUUCAGUGUCUCAAGUGUUAAAAGAAUGAAACAUUUCUGUUAAAAAAAAAAAAAAAAAGUUAUCAUAUCAGCCUGCAUCAAGUUCAGUCUUUGUCACCGUACUUUUUAUAUUUUUUGUAACAAAAAAAAUAAUGUUUUUGAAUUUUGAUAGUGUUCGCUAUCCCUUUGGCUUCUGAGUUAAAGAUGUAUUUGUGGGUGCAGGAUGUUAAUGGCAUUUACUGUACAGAUGGAGCAAACACUAUUCUCCUGAACCCCAACUGGAGCGCUACACAUAUACUACUAGAUGAAAUCCAUUCAUUGAUUUGAAAUAUUCCUGUUCACAGUGUAUAACCAAAUAUUAGGUUAUUCAGUGGUUCAGUUGCAACUAACUCUUUUUACAUGUUUGCUUGUGUUACUGUGCAUAAAUUAAAAACUGCUUCGUACACAACAGACUUGA